UCUCUAUCAAAGCAAACCGCUUCACAUUAUCUCCUGACUUCAACUGCAAGCUCUUCACACGACGUCGCCAUCAUCAUGUCUUACAAGACCGUGCUCUUUGCCGCCGCCGCAUGGCUGGCCACGACGCCCCAGGUCACGGCAACGCCCCCCGACGUCACCUUCCUCUGCAACAGGAUGCCCGAGGUGUGCACCAACAUGUGCUGGGCCGUCCGCUGCGGCAGCCCGACCUUCUCGCAGACGCUCAACUGGGACAGCCCCAACGACGACACGGCCAAGAAGCGCCGCCUCUCGGCCGGCUGCCAAAAGGGCAACAAGUGCAACAAGGGCCGCAAGGGGCCCGGGCACCGCGGCGGCAAGUUCACGUCGUGCGACGAGUACCCCUUCGCCUCGACCAGCGACAGCAAGUUCCCCAACGGCCACCAGGUCUCGCGCUGCGUGCCGCCCGUCGAGAACUCGCGCCAGGGCAAGGCCCUGCAGACCGUCUACGGCCGCUGGCGCAAGAAGGGCCUCAAGAGCCACAGCCUGCAGAUCGCCUUUGGCAACCCGGGCUCCCGCGGCGUCAAGUACUGCGGCAACCAAAAGUGCAAAAACGACGGCUUCCAGGUCCAGGACAAGUCCAUCAAGAAGCGCGACGAGGAGCCCCUCUUCAAGUUUUACAAGACGGGCUCCGGCAUGGUCCUCGGGUCCCUGACCAAGAUCGACACGCCCUCCAACUUUACCCGCGAGGUCGACGACCAGGAGCAGGUCGCUCCUCACUUUGAGGCCUGGAAGGAGGACGUCGAGGGCGAGGAUGUGCACGUCAUUUCGGACACGGUGCUCGAGGAGAUGCCCUUUGAGGAGGCCAUGAAGCACUUUGAGGGUGACGCCUAGUUAUUGACAACCCACCCAAAACCUGACAGGGUACUACUAUGCAUGUGGAUAUGCCUGAUAUGUACAGCCAGUGUAAUGCCGCCUCAUUAGAUCAUGCAUCCUGUCUAUUCCUAAAGGCUCUGCCUAGUCUAGCUUGCUGUUCAUCUAUAUAUAUAGACUCAUCUAACC